GGGUGCGUCCGCGCCUCCCGACCCGCCCGGUUCGGGGCCCAGCGGGACCGCCGGCGGGGAGGCCCGGCCGCGCAUUUGUUCCUGCGGGCGGCGCCGGGGCCCGGGCGGGCGGCCCGCAGCGCGGGGAGGAGCCUCGGCGCCGCCCGAAACAGAGAUUAGUAAGAGGCUCCCGCGUCGGGGCUGGGGACAGUCUCAUGGGCCGGUCACUUCGCGCGCUUCGCGGGUCGCCCACUGAGCGCUGCAGCAGCAGCGGAUGGUGACUGGGCCGGCCGAUUGGCGCCGGCUGCAGAACUGGCUCGGACAGGCAGAUCCUGUCCACCAUGGCCAGGCGCCCCCGGAGCAGCAGAGCAUGGCAUUUUGUCCUGAGUGCAGCCCACCGAGACGCAGAUGCCCGGGCCAUGGCUCUGGCAGGGACCGCUAACUGGGGCUAUGACUCUGAUGGGCAGCACAGUGACUCCGACUCUGACCCUGAGUACUCGUCCCUGCCAGCAUCCAUCCCCAGUGCUGUGCCUGUGACGGGUGAGUCCUUCUGCAACUGUGAUAAUCAGAGCGAGGCCUCCUUCUGCAGCAGCCUGCACACAGCCGCGCACCGGGGCAAGGACUGCCGGUGUGGGGAGGACGACGAGUAUUUUGAUUGGGUCUGGGAUGACUCGAAUAAGUCCUCAGCAACCCUGCUGAGCUGUGACAACCGGAAGGUCAACUUCCACGUGGAGUAUAGCUGCGGCACAGCAGCCAUCCGAGGCACCAAGGAACUAGGGGAGGGGCAGCACUUCUGGGAGAUCAAGAUGACCUCGCCUGUCUAUGGCACUGAUAUGAUGGUGGGCAUUGGGACGUCCGAUGUGGACCUGGACAAGUACCACCACACGUUCUGCAGCCUGCUCGGCAGGGAUGAGGACAGCUGGGGCCUCUCCUACACAGGGCUCCUCCACCACAAAGGUGACAAGACAAGCUUCUCCUCGCGGUUCGGCCAGGGCUCCAUCAUUGGCGUGCACCUGGACACCUGGCAUGGGACGCUGACCUUCUUCAAGAACAGGAAGUGCAUAGGUGUGGCAGCCACGAAGCUGCAGAACAGGAAGUUCUACCCAAUGGUGUGCUCCACUGCGGCCAAGAGCAGCAUGAAGGUCAUCCGCUCCUGUGCCAGCGCCACCUCCCUGCAGUACCUGUGUUGCCACCGCCUGCGCCAGCUGCGGCCCAACUCUGGGGACACGCUUGAGGGCCUGCCCCUGCCACCUGGCCUCAAGCAGGUGCUACAAAACAAGCUGGGCUGGGUCCUGAGCAUGAGCUGUGGCCACCACAAGUCCCCUGCGCCCUCACCCAAGGCCACUGUCAGUCCCAACAGCCCAGAGACCCGGCGCUGCCAGAGAAAACGCUGCCGAAGGACCUAACUUAUUUUCCAAUGAAAACUGCCUUCUGAGGCUAGGACAGCAUUUUCUCCAUCCUUUCCCUUGGGCCAUGCUCCAGAGUAACAGAGAGGAGUUGGGCCAAGCAAGGCCGUCAGAGGCUAGGUCAGGCCUUGCCAGGGGUUCAGAGGCCGCAGGCCCUGGGACCCUGAGAUCAGAACUGAAUCCAUCCGUUUCCUGUGCGGGUGUGGCAGUGGCUGCUGCUCUCUUUGGAGUCUCUUGGGAGUGGCCACCCCGCUCUUCCAGACUGAGUGCUGGCCUGGAGGCUGUGGUCUGUGGCCUCAUCAGAUGUCACCUUUCCUGUAGCUGCCAGCCUCCGGGGAUGUUGGGUUUGUCCUCACUUGCUUUGCAUGUUGUCAGUUCCUCCUGUCUGAGACUGAAAGGUUGUAAUAAACUCUUGAGUUUAUACC